UAUCCCCAGCGGCGGAUCGACGACGCGGUGGCCGGCCGACGAGAGCGCCACGUACGUCGAGCUAGACAGUAGCUCCCAGACAGUCGAUCAAGCAGCUAGCUAGCCGAUUAGCAUGCCGCAGUAGACUCCUCUCGCCUGCUCUCCACACACAGAAAUCCAUGUAAAAAUCCACUGUCCAGAUUAAAGAUACUCCGCACACCCUUCUGCAGACUCUGUGCAGACAGCCAGACACAGCGCUGUUUCUCUGCGUCAUCUUCUCCGGUCCGACGCACAAAUGGAUGCAGCUGACCUUCCCUGAUCUUGCUUGGAUCUCCGCUCGGCGGCAGGCGAGAGGCGGUUGCAGUCUGGGCGUUCUGGAUACCUUAGCUUCUGGGUGAUCUGAGAGCAAUGAUCUAGACAGCCAGGAAGAAGCCCGGCCGCUCGUCCCGGACAUCACACGAGCGGCAUUGGCCGCCUCACGCAGGCAGGGCUCGGCAUCGAUCCCCUCGUCAUCGGCCAUGGCGCUGGCGAGCACGGAGAAGGUGGUGCUAGGAUGCAUCGCGUUCGGCAUCUUCUGGGUGCUGGCCGUGUUCCCCUCGGUGCCCUUCAUGCCCGUUGGCCGCACCGCGGGCUCCCUCCUGGGCGCCAUGCUCAUGGUGCUCUUCCGCGUCAUGACCCCGGAGCAGGCCUACGCCGCCAUCGACCUCCCGAUCCUGGGCCUCCUCUUCGGCACCAUGGUGGUCAGCAUCUUCCUCGAGCGCGCAGACAUGUUCAAGUACCUCGGCAGCGCGCUCGCCUGGCGGAGCCGGGGCAGCAAGGACCUGCUCUUCCGCGUCUGCCUCGUCUCCGCUGUCGCCAGCGCGCUCUUCACCAACGACACCUGCUGCGUCGUGCUCACCGAGUUCAUCCUCAAGCUCGCGCGCCAGAACAACCUGCCUCCGCAGCCGUUCCUGCUCGCGCUCGCGUCCAGCUCCAACAUCGGCUCCGCCGCCACGCCCAUCGGCAACCCGCAGAACCUCGUCAUCGCCGUCCAGAGCCGCAUCACCUUCGGCCAGUUCCUCAUCGGGGUCUUCCCGGCCAUGAUCGUCGGCGUCAUCACCAACACCUGCAUCCUGCUCUGCUACUUCUGGAAGUACCUCUCCGUGCCGGAGAAGGACCAGGAGGGGGGCGGCGCCGCCGCCGGGCCCGAGGUCGUCGCCGACGACGAGGUCACCUCGCACCGCUUCACGCCCGCCCGGAUGUCGCACGCAUCCUCCGUCAACGGCGUCGACGCCGACUGCAUCAGCGAGCCCAUCCGCCGGAGCGACAGCCUCAACAGGGCCGACACGCACAGCAUGAGGAGCCGGAGCUACAACUCCGAGGGCGACAUCCAGGUCGCCAUCAGGUCCAUGCGCGCCUCCAGCAUGUCGCAGGAGAUGGUGGAGGUGUCCACCGUCUGCGACAGGCGCGACGACGGCGUGGGCCCCAGGAAGAUUACCAGGACCACCAGCCACCAGCGGAGCGUCAUCAUCGAGGACGCGCCCGAGGCCGACGCCAAGGACGGCGAGAAGGGCAAGGACGGUGGCGAGGUGAAGGAGAAGAGGUGGAAGGUGCUCCUGUGGAAGAGUUCUGUGUACCUCACGACCCUUGGCAUGCUCGUCGCGCUGCUCAUGGGGCUCAACAUGUCCUGGUCCGCCAUCACUGCUGCUCUCGUACUCCUGGCACUCGAUUUCACUGACGCACAGGCUUGCCUGGAGAAGGUGUCGUACUCGUUGCUAAUCUUCUUCUGUGGGAUGUUCAUAACGGUCGAUGGUUUCAACAGGACCGGCAUUCCCAAUGCGCUCUGGGAGCUGGUUGAGCCGCAUUCCAGAAUUGACAGCGCCAAGGGCACUGCGCUUCUCGCAGUUGUGAUUCUUGUUCUUUCAAAUGUGGCCUCAAAUGUUCCAACAGUUCUGCUGCUCGGCUCAAGAGUGGCAGCAUCAGCAGCUGCGAUCUCCCCUGCUUCAGAGAAGAAGGCCUGGCUCAUUCUAGCCUGGGUCAGCACGGUGGCUGGCAACCUGACUCUGCUGGGCUCAGCCGCGAACCUGAUCGUGUGCGAGCAGGCGCGGCGUGCGCAGUUCUUCGGGUACAACCUCACCUUCUGGAGCCACCUGCGCUUCGGCGUGCCAUCGACCAUCAUCGUCACCGCGAUCGGCCUGCUCAUCGUCGCCAGCUACUGAAGCCAACACUGGAGUAAACAAUGAACUGAGUAACUGAAAAGGAAGGAAACAGCAGUGAGGACUGAGAAAGGAGAUGUUGUACUGAUGAUAGGUUUGCGUUUGUAACGUUGUAACUGUUUUAUGUUUGUGUAAAUGUUCGCGGAAGCGGAGCGCGAAAGCGUCGGAUCGCCCAUCUGCUAAUGCAAAUAAUGGGCAAAGGUUGUAGUAGAUGAUGGCACGAGCACGACGAAGGUGGUCGGCACACCUGUUCUGAGGCGAAAACUUUCAGUCUAGUGCAGGUCGGAUGGCUGGGGGAAUGGUAUCGUAAGUUAAGCUUUUCAGGCUUUGGUGUUGUGAGGCGCCUUGUGUACCGGUGUUUGGAACUUCUCCCGAUGAAAAAAAAAAUGCUAUGCCAAGCUGUGCAAUUUGUACUGCA